AUGAUUUCCGGACAGCUUCGUUAUGCUUGCUCAAUGAGUGGAUGUCAACGGUUUGGUCAUACUGACACUAUGACAGAAGAAGAAGAAUUGAUUGUCAUUACAAGAAACACCCAAACAGUCAGAGCUGUAGAUUCAAGAAAUGGAUUGGAAAAAUGGAACUUCAGUGUUGGCAACCAUGAGGUCAACUAUGUUGGAGCAAUGCCAAACAAAAUGAUGGAGCCUUCAGAUGAAGAUGAUGUAGCUGUAGAAUCUGAAAUUGAAGAUGACCCUUAUCUCUCUUGCCCUGCAGAUAUUGGUGAAAUGAAAGAAUCUUCUCUGAAAGUGAUUGUGCCAGAUGGUCUAGUUUUCUAUGUAAACCCAGAUAACCCAAAUCAUAUUCUCUGGCAGCAGAAGCUUAGUUCCCCAGUUGCAAAUGCAUGGCUCUUCCACCACAACAGAUUGAAACCAAUCAGUUUAUUCAGUCGAGUACAUAUUCCUACCAUAUCAGGGAGAAUCAAUCCAGUUAUGUAUAUUGGACAUCACCAAAAUCAAAUGUAUGUACAAGUGUCAAGUCAUGUCACCAAUGAAAUAAUUGAUGGAUCAACUUUAGGAAAAAUACCAUCUGUUUAUUGGAAACCUUACCUUGCUUCAUCUUGUUCUCGGACCCCUACUCUUAGGCCCAACAAGAAUAAUGGAGUCCCUUUGAUUGGAAGGAAAACAUUCAAGCGAAAAGAGCUCCAAAACACAGCUGUUGCUGUUCGGCAACAGAGUUAUCCCUUUGAUGAUGGCUAUUACUUAUUUCCUGAUUUCACUCUCAUGUUACCUGACAAAGAAAAGGAAGUAGUUGAAGAUUAUAAGGGUAUUUUUGAAUCCUCACUCUUGAUUUGGUGGAAAGAGGUGGCUUUUAUUAGCAUUAUUACUGCUGUAGUUUUUAAUUUGGCUGUUUUCUGCUUUGCACGUUUUGAAGCCUCACGUAGAGAACAGUCAGACAAUGUACAGAAUAACUCAAAUCCUCCAGAACAGGAUGAAGAGAAAACGGAAGAAGUAUUACUUACAAAUAAGAUGAAGGAUGAAGUCGAGAGACCUGACUCAUUACCUUUAAAUAGUCCAGCUGAAUAUGUCUCAAAAUAUUAUACAGAUUUUGAACAUUUGGAGCGACUUAACCAUGGUGCAUAUGGUGUUGUUUUUGUGGCGAAAAACAAAUUUGAUUCUUGCCAGUAUGCAGUGAAGCGGAUUUGCUUGCCUAAAUGUACUGAGAGUGAGGAAAAAGUGAUGCGUGAAGUGACCACCUUGGCCAAUUUAGAUCAUGUUGGUAUUGUCCGGUAUUUCCAGUCUUGGUUUGAGUGUCCACCACUUGGAUGGCAAGAAAAAAUAGACAGAGAGAUGGGAUCCAGUGGAUGUAUUACUCCAUCAGUAACCACACAAAAUACAAGUCCCACAGAAUCUCCUAUGCAGUUGUGCAAACGAGAGACACUGAAAGACUGGCUGAGUGAGCACACUGACAAGCGGAAUUGUGAAGAGGUUUUAGAUUUCUUUGAUCAAAUUGUCACAGCAGUGGAAUAUGUACAUAAGAAAGGUGUUCUGCACAGAGAUCUGAAACCAUCAAACAUUUUCUUUUCAAUGGAAGAUGUUAUCAAAGUUGGUGAUUUUGGUCUUGCCACUGCUAUGACAAACUUCAUUGAAGCAGGAGAAGAGUCUCUCAUUGAGGGAGAAGAAUCUUUAUUGGGAUCUGCUAGUGGAACACAAUACAAAAGGCACACUGGAGGAGUUGGAACAGAACUCUACAUGAGUCCAGAACUGCUUGAUUGCAAAGCUUACAAUCAGAAAGUGGACAUUUUCUCCCUGGGUAUGAUUCUGUUUGAGCUACUAUAUCCAUUUAAAACAGAGUCAGAACGGCGGAUGACACUCUAUAAAGUGAAACAGCAAAAAUAUCCUAAAGAUUUUAAUCAAUUUAUUCCAGAUUUCUUUGAUAAAACCAUUGACUUGCUCAAUAGACUUCUAUCUUCAGAUCCAGAUGAACGGCCAAGUGCCAGUGAGAUUUUGGACAGUGAUCUCAUGACAGACUUUGCUCAUAGCAAAGUGCCUCGUAGAUUUCGUAAUCGGACUUUUUCAAGCAGCAGUAGUGGGGCACAACACUGA